CGCAUUUCAAAAGCCAUUCGAAGCAUUUGCGACGCCGCUUCUGUGUCUUGCCUCUAAAGUCCCAUUACAAGCGCUUAGUUCCGGGAAACCCUCUCCAUCAUGGCAAAAGACGCGACGCUAUCGAAGACUUGUGAUCAGCACCAGUCUCUCAUCUUCUGCCUGCCACGAGAACUGCGAGAUGAAAUCUAUGACUACUAUACGCAUCAAGAGCAAGGGUAUAUCUACGAUCCAUCGGCUCAAAAGUUUCGGCUAGAUAAUGUACAAAAGAUCGAUGUCGCGUUGAUCAACACCUGCAAAAGAGUGACAAUAAAGAUAGACGGGUUGGCGUAGGAAUCAAACACGCUCCGAUUCAAGGUCCUUCCGCAGAUUCCUGGCGCCACGACUUCAAGCUCUGUAACCUCGUUGUAACGCCAUCUCCUGGAAGGGCGGAAUUACUGUCUCCAUAUAAU